AUGAUAGUGGCUGUACCCCUUGUUUCGCUCCGACAAUCUCACACUUUUGUUGUUCGUCGUCUUUCACUCUACCUUACGGCUAAUACCGAGGCAAUGAAGCAACAAUCGGGCAUGGAUACACGAGGAACUAGCGAUGCGAUUGCCAAAUCGACAGCCAGCAUGAACGAAUAUCGCCGUGGACCCUACUUUGACUCGAUGACUACAGAUCGCGUACGCGUUACUGAAGCAGCAUAA